AAAUCCUGCAUUCGCAUUUGCAUCUGUCUGGUAGUUGUAUCCAAAUUCUUCGUCUCUGUCUACUACCCUGUGGAGAUCUGACCCGACCCGACCCGUAACCCAUGCUGAAGGACUGGGUUUCGUGCCCGUGUUGGGGAGACCACGACGGCGACGACGGCGAGGCGGCUGAUCGUGAGCCGGUACUCCUCGUCUCCGGCAUCGGAGGUUCGAUUCUCCAUUCCAGGAAGAAGAAGAAACCCGGGUCCGAAAUCCGGGUCUGGGUCCGGAUUUUUCUCGCCAAUCUCGCCUUCAAGCAAAAUCUUUGGUCUCUGUAUAAUCCCAAAACUGGCUAUACAGAGCCUUUAGAUGAUGAUAUUGAAAUUCUGGUUCCUGAUGAUGAUUUUGGACUCUAUGCAAUCGACAUCCUCGAUCCAUCCUGGUUCGUAAAGCUUUUCAACUUGGUGGAUUUGUAUCAUUUUCAUGAUAUGAUAGAAAUGCUUGUUGGAUGUGGGUAUAAGAAGGGAGCCACGUUAUUUGGAUACGGCUAUGAUUUCCGGCAAAGCAAUAGGAUCGAUACGCUGAUUGAUGGUCUGAAAAAGAAGUUGGAAACUGCAUAUAAAGUUUCCGGUCAGAGAAAAGUUAAUAUCAUCUCACAUUCCAUGGGGGGACUGUUGAUGUCAUGUUUCCUUUCUCUCCAUCCUGAGCUUUUCUCAAAGUAUGUAAAUAAAUGGAUUACGAUUGCAACACCUUUUCAAGGUGCUCCAGGCUGCAUCAAUGAUGCCCUUUUGACGGGACUGCAGUUUGUUGAAGGCUUACAGAGCUACUUUUUUGUGUCACGGUGGACAAUGCACCAACUGCUGGUUGAGUGCCCAUCUAUUUAUGAGAUGAUGGGAAAUCCAGAUUUUAAGUGGAGAAACCAACCAAAAAUUCAAGUUUGGCGCAAGAAGAUGCAAAAUGACGAUGCUUCUGUAGAAUUGGAAUCAUUUGGCCCAGCUGAGAGUAUUGACCUAUUCAACGAAGCACUGAAGGAUAAUGAGCUGAGCUAUGGCGGGAACAAAAUAGCUUUACCCUUUAAUUUGUCCAUCCUCAAGUGGGCUGUUGGCACGAGGGAAAUUCUCGACAAAGCUCAACUCCCUGAUGGAAUCCCCUUCUAUAACAUUUUUGGUGUGUCAUAUGACACGCCCUUUGAUGUUCGUUAUGGUACAGAGACCUCCCCGAUCGAGGAUUUAUCCGAAAUAUGUCACAGUACGCCUGAGUACAGGUACGUCGACGGAGAUGGAACCGUCCCUGCUGAAUCAGCAGAGGCAGCUCAGUUCAAAGCAGUAGCGAGCAUAGGAGUAUCUGCGGGUCACCGAGCUCUUCUCAGCGACAAGAGAGUGUUCAAACUCAUCCAGGAAUGGUUAGGUGUUGAGCCUAAGAAGGCGAGGAGGAAGCUUUCAAGGACUUGUAAAGUUGUCAAUGCUGAUUCUGAAGCACAUUGAUGGAUCCCCCCCC